GGUUCUGAUUUCUUCGUGUGCGAGAUUUUUUCUUCCUCCAGCCGCGUCUCUAUCUGCUCCCAGUGAACCAGGAGCGAUCUGCACCUUGUGAUUCUUCGGAGGAGACACAUCAUCUCCUUCCCUGCGAAACCAAAGUAGAGACCAAACAGCGAACUUUCACUUGGAUUGAGAAGAAGGGACAAAGGGACAAAGAGAAAGGAAAGGAAAGGAAAUGGUGGGUGGUGGUGGUGCGGGGCUAGUGAUGGUGCUGGUGGUGAUAGAGUUCUUGGAACAGGGGCUGAGCACCAUGAGCAAAGCGGCCAUGAGCAGAGGCAUGAGCAACUUCGUCUUCGUUGCUUACUCCAAUGCUCUCGCCAUCUUCUUCCUUUUCUCCGCUUCUAUCCUCUUUUACAGGAAAAGAAGGCUUCCCAGACUCACAAUCUCCAUAGCUCUCAGAAUCUUUCUUUUGGGUCUGAUAGCGACGUGUUUGCAACUGUUGAUGUAUGUGGGGAUCGGAUAUAGCUCUCCUACUUUGGCCUCGGUCAUGACCGAUCUCGCUCCUGCGUUCACUUUCAUUCUUGCUCUCGUCUCCAGGAUGGAAAAGAUUGACUUGAGAGUGCAAAGCAGCAUGGCUAAAUUCAUGGGCACAAUAGUAUGCAUCACCGGUGCUCUCACUGUUACACUCUACAAAGGCCUACCGCUCACAAAUGUUUCACCAUCGAUGCAUCAAGAGCUCCUUCUUCAGCCGCACUCCAGCUGGAUUAUCGGCGGCUUUCUUCUCGCGUGCGCUGCCUUCUUGCUCUCGGUUUUACUAGUUGUUCAGACAUGGAUAGUGAGGGAUUAUCCUGCAGAGCUAAUGUUGACACUCCUAGCUUGCGUCAUCGUGACAAUACAGUCCACCAUCGUGGCUCUGAUCGUGGAGAAAGACGUGAAUGCUUGGAUGUUGAAGCCCGACGUAGAGUUGUUGACCAUAGUUUAUGCGGCAUUUUUCGUGGUAGCUAUAAGGAGUGUGACUUACACAUGGGUGUGCAAGACCAAAGGGCCUCUCUACAUCUCCAUGUUUAAGCCACUUGGCAUGAUCAUUGCCUCUGCGAUGGGGGUUUCUUUGCUUGGCGACACUCUUUAUCUCGGAAGUGUGAUUGGAGGAGUCAUAAUAGCUAUUGGGUUUUAUGCUGUCAUAUGGGGGAAAGCCCAGGAAGAGAAGGCGGUCCAAGAAAGUGGAAGUUUCAGCUUCGAGUCUUCCUCUCCUAAAGUUCCUCUUUUGAGCAAACACGUGGAAGCAUAGCACUUCUCUCGACUUGACUGCUGUCUGGUUUCAGAUUCAGAUUUGGAUACAUAGCCAGGCUCAAAUAGGAAACUUUUACAGAACAAUAUUUUUGUUAGUUCAUAUGUUUGUAUGGUUAGAUGCUUUUUUGAGAUAAAGCAGACUAGCUUGUAAGGCUUAUGACUGCUGAUACUUGUAAAGUUGCCAUUGCCAAGAAUCUUUCUGACAUCUUGGCAUCGUAAUGGUUUUUUCUUUUUGAUUAA